AUGGGCCGACGACAAUUUUUAACGCGUUUGGCCCUAGGUCGCUCGGCCUUCGAAGCAGACGUGGAAGAGCCCACAGGAUCAAAUGAGUCUCGGGGAAACUCUGCCACUGUACAGGAUGAUGGCACGACCCAGCAGUACGAUGGCAAGGGCAGACAGGUCAAUCCUGAGAUAGAUGCCUUCAAUGCAGAAAUGCGAAAGGCUCAGAAUGAAGUGCUAGCUCUUGUCGGCGUAGUCGAGAGGAAAGACCAUGUGGAUCAAGUCAAUGAACUUCGCUUCAAAUACAUUCACAAGCAUCGUCAGGAACUCUUGCAUGAGGAGCACGAGCGAGGCGACCUUCUUGAAUAUGUCUUCAUCCCUGUCAGGUUCUUCAGCCAUCUAUGGACCGAUGCUUUCAGACAGCGCAUCCAGAUUGGCUACUACGACUCUUCUCGGACCAUGGCAGAGAUCUUAAGCACAGAAUGGGCAGCCAUGUGGCGAGGCGGCACGAAAUGGUCUCUGGCGACUCGCUUUCCUGCUCUAGGCGACACCAUUGCCCACAUCUGCGUCAGAAUACCUCUGCUCCUGGUCGGCGAGCAACUGACUGGAACCAUGCAGAACGCAGUUCUCCGACGAAAAGGUAUCACGCGCAAAACCAGACAGAAUAUGUACACAGCCAUCAAUGUCCUUUUCGAGAGCCUGGCCUUGGGAAUCGACAUCUUUCUCCUCCCCAUGGAAUUCCACGCCUGCGCCCAGCAACUCGGUCUCGCACCGGUCCUCCCACUCUUUCCAUCCUGGACGACAUUCAUUCCCUGGCACCCAGACAGCUUCCACAAAUUCGGCUGGAAACCACUCGCCAACCUUGGGAUCCUCAGCUCGCUCACAUCACCAGCGGUUCUCCUCCUCUUCCACAAACUGAUCCAUUACGACAUCGUAGACUACGACAUACCCAUCUUCUCCCUCCUAACCGAUUUCCGCUACCCCCCAAUCACAGAAGAAGUCCGCGACGUCCCCGUACCAAAACGUCUAGACAUUUUCGGCUGCCUCAUGCACUACUGCUAUACUCUCCGCCAGCACAUCAUGCAAUGGACAGGCUGGAACGUAAUCACACGCGAAAGAAAACCAACCCGAGCAAAAGACUACGAAAACGACACCGUCAUCCCAACCCCCCGAACCGCGAAAUGGCCAAUACACAGGAGUACAGCCCUCGCCCACCUCCCCGCCCAACUCCUAGCCGAAUUCCUCGACGAAUUCUUCUCCCGCAUAAUCUGCCUCCCAUUCGAAACCCUAGUCUCAAGAUCCGUAGCGAAAAAAUUCUUUUCAAAAAACAACCCACACCUCUACCUCCCCUUCGGCGGCGGUCCAAUCUCCAGCUUCUGCCGUUCCCCCUCAUCCACAACAUUCUCAAACGCGGGGAAAUAUCUCAGUCGUCUGGGACUUUCUAUCGCGCUUACAUGCACGCUUGAUACGAUACUUUUCUUCGCCGCGUAUCGUACGGUCAGGCAUAUGGGUGUGGAGCAUUUCGAUUGGGGACGGAAAGGGAGGAUUGGGAAGUUGAUUUAUACUGAGGAGGGGAUGGAGGGGGUUAAUGGGAGGGAUUUGGUGGAGGAAGAGAUGGGGUGA